AUGACUAAAGGAGCAACGCAAGGAAUCAGAGUUGUUGUUGAUAAUUGGCUUUAUUCUAGCGAUAAGGUUUAUGAACAAGCCAUUCGAAAAGAGCUUGACAAUCUUUGUCCGAAUAGAAUGGAACGAUACAAUAAAGUCUCCAAAUGGGAAGCUUUAUAUUCAACUAUGUUAAUUCGAGAUAAUACAUCUUGUAGUAAGCUUGAGUGUGAACUAUAUGAAAAGAUUUAUAAACGACAUUCAGGUUUAGCUAAGCAUAAAAAACUAAUUCAAGAUGCUAAUACUAUAAGGCUAACGAUUUAUGAGUUGCCUGAAAGAGCAAUUGAAGAGACAUGA